AGAUAGAGAUUAGUUAGUUCAUACCACCUCAUUGUGAAGUAAGUUUGAAACUAUUCUUUGGAAGCAUUGUGCCAACGGAAAUAAGCACAACUCAAUUCAGGGAAGUUAUUGGUCAAGCUUGCGAUGGAACUGUGUUUGUGUUUAACGUGCUUCAGAUACAUGUUCUUUUCCUCGUAUAGUUGAAAUUCGAUCUCUUUUUAUUGCCCAUGUUCACGGCACAGUGUCAGUAAGGUGCCAGCAGUGAGGAACGAGCCAGUGAAGUUGUAAGGAUUCGCCGCUCACCUGUGACAGGGGCUUAUCUGUGCCACAGACAUUAGCGUGUCUCGAUACAUUCAAGCUCCGGCUUGUACCCUGAUGUGUCUCGCUUCAUGCUGGCAUUUACAACUCCAAAAUACGUACCCAGAUUGCUUCUAACCGCCACACGAAUCGGAUGGUCCGAUCAGCACAAAUUUUGCCCCGUUUGCAGUUCCAAAAAGCAUGGUAAUCUGUGAUCAAGAAGAAUUGGAACGGAUCAUAUUCCCGGGGUGUGCUUCCCCCGAUGUUCAGGAUCAGCGACGGGCUCGCAUCAUUUUGGCAGACACGGAAAAACCAACGAUGGACCACACCGGAACGAACACGAAACUGUCGCUGUUUUUUGCUAGUCUUUGUAUCAUUGAUUUGUUCGGAGUGUUUCCCAUAGUGGCUCUCCCCAAGUCAAUCAUCUCCUGUGGGCUGUACGGAAUACCACUGGUGCUCCUUGUGAUUACGUUGCAGAUUUACACUGCCACAGUGCUGGGAAAGUGUUGGACCAUCGCGGAGAAGUUGGAUCCUUCGAUUGUUUCUAAAAAUCGGUACCCAUAUGCUGCUAUAGCGGAGUUCACGUUCGGGAAGCGAAUGAGUUGGUUUGUGACGGUGCUGCUGGAUUUGACUGUGUUUGGUGGGGGCAUUCCGAAUCUGCUGGUGGCAGCGCAGAACCUACAGCUGCUGGGGUCCAGAAUUACCGGAGGGCAGUUUGAACUUUCCUUCUGCUACUGGUUGCUACUGCUUGGUGUGUUUCUCUGCCCGAUUAUGUGGCUUGGAAGCCCUAAAAAUAUGCGUGCACUGGCGAGCGUUUCAGUUACUGUGUGUAGCAGUGUUGCCUUGUUGGCAUGGUACUCGAUCGGACGAGAUGUAGUUAGUAGCAAAGGCUUCGAACCUUUCAAGGGAAUCAAGCUUGGUUUACCCUCCUGGAUUAUGCUGCUCAAAGCGUACGGAAUAAUCGCGUUCCAGUUCGAUAUCCACCCGAUGCUGCUUACAAUCCAGGUGGAUAUGGAGAAAAAGCGUCAGAUCGGCAAAGCGGUUUUCCUGGGAUUGAUGGCCACCUGCACACUGUCUGCAGUGACCACUCUGCUAGCCGCGUACCGCUAUGGGAUGGACGCGACGAAUAAUAUUCUGCAAGUUUUGCCCCACAGCUGGUCGCUGUUCUUCACCAUUCUACUGGUCACGCUUCAGCUGUGUUUGUCCAGUGCUGUUGGAAGUUCGGCACUUUUCCAGCAUAUUGAAGAUGUUCUCGGAGCCUCCAGAGAUUUCACCAUCAAACGUUGCAUGAUACGAUCGGUUCUCGUUUGGUUGGCGGUAAUGAUAGCGGAAUUGCUUCCACGUUUUGAUGUCGUGAUGGGAACCAUUGGCGGGACGCUGACAGGUCCGCUCAUUUUUAUACUGCCACCGCUGUUGUACCAGAAGAUGAUCAAAAUGGAAGCAAUUUACUACCAGGAGAUGGGACAACUUCAGAGCCGAGAUGCGGCGAACUGUGACUCUCAGGAGUUAUUGUUCCAGGGUACCUACGGAUCGAUAGGGUCCUCAAUAUCGGUUUAUAGUAGACCACCGAAGCUUCAUCGGUUAAAACGAUGGACAUUGAUUUUCUGCGAACGCUGGAAACAGUUCGUUCAAUUUAUGUACAGUGACUGUAUUCUCUCGGUGGCUGUUAUCACCUUUGGAAUCGCUGCCACGCUCGUGUCUACGUAUUACAACAUGUUCGACGUCAAAACGAUUGGGAAACAGUUCUGGGGUACGUGUAUCGGCAACAUCUCACUUGUCAGCGACCUGUGACAGGAUAAUAAACGUUUCCCUGUGUUACUACCAUG